UCGGUUCUUUAAGGACCGAGGCAGUAAAGGGGGCUUUUGGCCUCGGUUAUUAAUUGAACCGAGGCCAUAAAGUCUGUUAAAAUUCCCAAUUCGCGAACCCUAACUACUAUUCAUCGUCUCCCAAACUCUCUUCUCUCUGCGCGAAUUUCUUCGCUCUACCACCACCAUCACGCUCCGCCUCCGUCGCCGACCAGCAUCUGCCAUCAAUAGUCGUGCGUCGUCGCCUCCGUCGCGCUGUCCAGGUUCACCGAUUGCAAAUCACCUCCCGAUGCGGGUCAGUUCGAAAACUCUGCGCGAACUUCGCUGCCACCACCACCACCGCAGCUGCACCAUUCACGGACCUCACAAUGCAUUGUGUUCUCUACAACAGAACCAGUGACAACCAUGGCAACACCUCGCACCACCGUGACCUGCCAUCAGCACCUGCAAUGAAACCAGCGCAUCCUCACACAACACCACCAUGGGAGCGCGAGUCAUCUUCACCAGACGUGCAAUUUCGCACCACACAGAUCCAUGCGAAACAGCAGAAACCACUACAACAGCGCGUCAUCAUCACCACUGCAACGGUGAGCGAGAAUGAGCCAGAACAGCAGCAGAAGCCAUAGCCAUCACUGCGAAGACGAAACAGACGCUAUGGCUUCGGUUCUUUCAGACCCGAGGCAGAAAACAGACGCUAUGGCCUCGGGUGAUAACCGAGGCCAAAAGGAGGUGCCUUUUAGCCUCGCCCCAAUAUGCCUCGGUUCUAAAACCGAGGCAGAAUCACGAAAGUAACCGGGACCAAAAGCCCUCACUGCACUAGUGAGAGUUCUUCACGUUGAAGGAAUGUCUCGCUUGAGUGACCAUGUCCUUGCUUAGGCGAGAAUUGAAAAACUGGGCGUGGCUUCUUCACGAAAUCUCGCUUAAGCGAGAUCAAGCUCGCUUGAGCGAGAAAGGCGGCAAGUGUCUCGCUUAGGCGAGAAGACUUUAACUUUUGGGCGAGUCUGUCCUAGCUUGAGCGAAACACCUUAGUUCUGAGCGACCUGUAGCAUAUUUUCCUCCUUUUCUUCUCUAUUUCUUACUUCUCCUUCACUCUUCUUGAGUUCUCUUUAAUCUCUCCUGAAAAACACACAAAAUAGGAUCAAAUGAUUUCUUUAAUUCAAAACUUGGAAGCCUGUGAUUGAAACUUAGAUUUAGGGAGAAUCAAUAUGAAAUGAACACCAAUUUAAAGCAUAAGUGCCAGAGUUUGUUAUGAAUCUUCAUUUGGUAAAACCACUGUAGCCAAAGCCAUCUACAAUAAAAUUCAUGAUUCAUUCAUGGACAAAAUUUUCGUUGAAGAUAUUGCACAAGAUAAUAAAAAAAAAUGGCUUCAUUUUAAAGAAAAACUUCUUUCAGAUGUCCUAAAACCAAAGGUAGAGGUACGUAACAUUGAGAAGGGAAGAAAUAUUCGAGAAAGGCAUUUUCGGAAAAGGGUGCUCAUUGUACUUGACAAUGUGAAUGACCAUUCUCUAUUACAACUAAGCAUGAACAACUUUUGAAGACACAUGAUGUUGAUGCUGUUUUUCGGAUAAAUCUAUUGAACGCAAAAGAGUCUCUUGAGCUUCUUAGUUGGCACGCAUUUAGAGAAGCAAAACCAAAAGAAGAAUACCAUGACCUUGCAAAAGCAAUAGUAACUUACUGUGGAGGACUACCUCUGGCUCUUGAAGUCAUUGGAACUUAUUUAUAUGAAAGGACGAAAGAAGAAUGGCAUAGAGUACUGUUCAAAUUAGGGAAAACUCCCCAGCAUGACGUUCUACCAGUAUUGAAAAUAUGUUUCGAAGGUUUACCUAAUCAAAUUGAAAGAAAUUUAUUCCUUGAUAUAUAUUGUUUCUUUGUUGGUAAAGAUAGAGCCUAUGUUACAAAGAUCCUUAAUGGUUGUGGGGUAGACGCUGAUAGUGGAAUAGGAAUUCUCAUAGAACGUAGCCUCAUAAUAGUUAAAAAGAACAACAAGUUUGGAUUGCAUCCUUUGCUAAGAGAAAUGGCAAGAGAAAUUAUUGGCGAAAUUACUUCAGGAAAGGAAGCUAAGAAGACCAGUCGACUAUGGUUUGAUAUGGAUGCAGAUUAUGUACUGUUAGAGCAUAUUGUAAGAACAUUCUUUAUCUAUUGUUUUCAAACUUCUUUUUUAAAGUGUUUGCUUUCUCAUGUGCAAUAUAUUUGUUUUUUAGCUAUUUUCAUCACAGGAAAAAAAAUUCAUUCAGAGAUUCCCUCCGAAAUGGUUUCCAACUUAAAAGAUUUCUUCGAACGUGAUUAUUUAGAGGUAAGAGACGCAAUAAGAAGGAUGAAACUCGGUGGACAUUGUGAGUACCGCUCUAAGGAACUGGGGUUGAUUAGGUUGGAAAAGUUUUCUUCAGAAUACCAUCCUAUUGGAUUUCAACAUGAUGCAAUAGCCAUUGAUUUAAAACACCGUCUUCCUCGACUCGUCUGGAAAGAACCCCAGGUUCUUAUAACUUGACAUUUUAUUUUGAACCUCUGCCCAAAAUAAAUAUAGUAUUUGUUUCCACUUACAACUAUUUUAUUCCAUCACUUUCUUUUCUAACAUUUUAAAAAAAAACUAUCUUCUUGAAGGUUUUGGCAUGACUAAAAGUUCUUAAUCUUAGUCGCUCCAAGUACUUGAGAAAAACCCCUGACUUUUCGAGACUACCAAGUCUUGAACACCUCAUUCUCAAAGAUUGCCCAAGAUUGUGCGAAGUGCACAAAUCUAUUGGAGCUCUCGGCAAUCUUACACUUAUAAAUUUGAAGGACUGUACAAGGAUAAAGAAUCUUCCCAGAGAGAUAUAUAUGUUGAAAUCUUUAAAAACACUCAUUCUUUCUGGUUGUUCGAGGAUUCACCUAUUGGAAAAAGAUAUAGUGCAAAUGGAAUCCUUGAUAACACUAAUUACUGAAAAUACAGUUGUGAAACAAGUUCCUUUUUCAAUUGUAAGCUCAAAAAGUAUUGGAUAUUUAUCUCUACGAGGAUUUGAGGGAUUAUCACAUAAUCUUUUUCCUUUUAUCAUUCGGUCAUGGAUGUUGCCAUCAAUGAACCCCCUAUCUUAUUAUCAUUCCUUUUGCAUGGAUGUGGAAGUUAAUAGUUGGGAUGAUAUUGCGCCAUUAAUCCUUGUCAAUCUUCGAAGUGUUUUGUUGCAAUGUGAGACGGAGUUUCAACUAUCUCAGCAAGUACAAGAUAUUUUGGUCGAAUAUGGUGUAAAUAUUACAGAAUCACACACUUCAAAGCAGUACUUCAGGUCUUUUUCGAUCGGUGUUGGAAGAUGGAAAGAAUUCUUCGAUGCUUUCAGUGAUAGAAUUUCCAAGGUAAUUGCAGGAAGUGAAUCUUGUGAUGUUUCUCUUCCUGGUGACAAUGAUCCUAAUUGUUUGGCCCAUAUGGGUGAGGGAUAUUCUGUUUCUUUCACUGUGCCUCGGGAUCGUGACAUAAAGGGAAUGGCUUUGUGUAUAGUUUAUUUAUCAAACCCUGAAAUUGUGGCAACCGAAGGUCUUAGAAGUGUCUUAAUUGUUAAUUAUACAAACUGCACAUUGCAUAUACACAACCAUGGCACGGUAAGUUUCUUUAAAUAUAAAGAUUGGGAGGGUAUAAUAUCAAAUUUAGGAUCAGGAGACAAGGUUGAGAUUUUCGUGAUUUUUGGUGAUGGAUUGGUAGUGAGGAGAACAAUUGUCUAUCUUAUAUUUGGUGAAUCAAAUGACUUAGAAAAGGAGUCUCCGUCAAAGAAAAAUUCCCUAAUUAGAUUUAUAAAAAAAUUGUAAGUCAUUUAUCCUCUUUCAGAACUGCACGAUCCCUUGAGUUAUGGAAUUAAUCCUUAUGUCCUUGAGUGGAAUUCAUUUGUAUAGUUACAGUUAAGAAAUUCAUGUUUAUUAUCCUGUU